AUGCCUCUUACUGCUCUUUAUGGAACUCUCCAUAACUAUGAGCAAACCAAGCUUCUGAAAAAGGCAUUAUUGAAGGAUCCCAGAACCUCUUCUUCUGUUGCCCUUCUCUGCAGUGAUACGAAGAAGCCAGUCAGUGAACCUCAUAUUACUUAUCUGACUGAGUCUGAAGAAUAUGCUGUCAAAAAAGAAGAACUUGAUGAAAGUCAUGUUGAUGAUGCUGAUGAUGAGGGUGAUGAACCCUCAGUUAAUGACUUAGCUGACAACAUGGCCAUGAUGGCUACCAACUUCAAAAGGUAUGCUAAAAAGGGCACUUCUAACUUCUCUCCCAGAUCUAAUCUGAUUCUACUGGAAGGCUACCAGUCAGCAGCAUUAGAUAAGCAACCUACAUUAUCAGGAGACAUGGUUCGCACUAUUCACACCAGGGCUAUCAGACGCGGACGUGGAUACAGAACCCGUAGGACGCCUUACGGGCUAGGACCGAAUAGAGGGUCGAUUGGCAGUCACCGCCCCAGCACCGGACAGGUUCCCGGUACCCGGUCCGGAAGCGAUGUUCAAGAAGUAAGGAGUCAGCUCUCGACUCUUCAUGAGGCUGUUCAAGCCAAUGCUGAAGCCAUCGCUGUUCUAUCCAGCAGGGCUGAUGACGUUCAGGCUCAGUCUCUCCAGCAAACAGAGCUUCUCCAGCAGAUCCUGGAUGUUUGCAUUCUAUCAGAUUUAAAACAAAGGCCAGCAUAUAGCAUCAUCUUUAUAAGCAAUUGCUGCCAAGAUGGUUCAAUGUGGCCAAACUUGAAUGGACUGGGUGUAUGUGAAACACUAGAGACACCAAGACCACCAUUGCGUCCUGCCGAAAAGAGCAAUGGAACCAAGUGCCAAUCUCGCACAAGGGAAGUCAGUUCUAGGUACAAAUCACCUGCACCAAGGCGUUAUCCUUCCCCAAACACGAGAACAGUUACAACAUUGUCAUCACCUGUUUCAAAUAGAGCUGUAUCUGCAGAAAGAAGGCGGUCUGGAACACCACAAUCGCCAUCACGCCCCUCCACCUCAGUCCAUGAUACAUCUUUGGGUAUGGAACUGGCAGCCAGAAAGGCAAUUGGCAGUAAAUUGCCAGAGUCCUUAUGGCCUUCACGAAUGCGUAGUCUAAGUGUUGCUUUCCAGUCUGUGGCGUUUUCUCUGUCCACUAGUAAGAAAGAGAAGCCGCCACCACAGGCUCUUUCUGAUCGCACCUUGAAUUCAUCGUCAAAUGUAUUACAGAAACAACUGUCUGCCUCUAGAAGUCCACCCAAAGGAAAACAUGCCAUUGAUCGGUCAGAGAAUUCCAAACCUCUCGAGAGUGUACAUGCUAGACUACUAGAUCAGCAUCGCUGGCCUAGCAGAACAGGUUCUAAAGCUUUGAACAAAAGCAACAACCUUCCUGGUAAGCCUAUGAAAACUUCUAUUGCACCAAAUAGAAGUGUUGGGGCAUCUCCCCUCAGGAGAAUGCUCUUACCUGAUUAUACUAGUAAGCCCUUAGAAAAAUAUACAAGUGAUCCUGGGAGGUUACUAUCAUCAUCUGCAGAUAACAGAAGGGAGGAAUAUCACAAUUUACAGAGAAUAUCUAAUCUUGUUUCUUCAAGUUUAUCAGAGAAAACUGUUACAGCUACUUCUGCAGCAAGAUCGCAAUCUUUGCCAGCUACUGGAGCACCGCCAUCUUUACCCAAUAAGCCAUCUGGUUUGGCUUCAAAGAGUGUCAGUCCAUCUCGGACCAGGAUCAUAAGUCUAGCUCCUUCAAGAGGGGCCAGUCCUUCUCGCAUAAGGUCGUCUAGUCCUUUGAGAUCCUGCAACUCAAACAGAGUUUCCGUUCUCACAUUUGCUGUUGACAUGAAAAAGGGAAAGAGGGUGGCUGACCAGAUAGAAGAUGCUCACUACCUGAGGUUACUUCACAAUAGGCAAAUGCAGUGGCGGUUUGUUAAUGCCAGUGCAGAAACUGCCUUGAAGUCUCAGAAAGCAACUUCAAAGAAAUCUCUAUUUAACGUGUGGAGAAGUACCUCGGAACUCCGGGAUUCAGUAGCUGCAAAGAGGACUGAUCUCAAUCAGUUGAGACUGAAGCUAAAGCUUCACUCGGUUCUAAACCAACAAAUGGCCCACCUCGACGAAUGGACUUCAAUCGAAAGGGAGAACCACUUUUCUCUGUCUGGUGCUAUCGAAGAUCUACAAUCAAGCACUCUCCAACUUCCUGUAACUGGAGCGGCUACGGUAGAUAUUGAAACUGUGAAGUCAUCUCUUUGCUCAGCUAUCCAAGUAAUGCAAACAAUGGGGUCCUCCUUACACUCUACUCUAUCAACGUUGGAGGGAUCAAAUUGGCUGGUAUCUGAACUUGCUACUGUAGCAGCACAGGAAAGAGCUCUUCUUGAUGAAUGUGAAGUUCUAUUGAUUUCUGCAGCUUCUUUACAGCUAAAGGAAUACAGCCUUGGGACACAUCUAGUACAGUUGAAACAAGCUUGGACACCUCCAUGACUCUUGUGUUCGCAUCCAACAUAUCAACUUACUUCUACUACCAUCGUCUCGCGAGUAUGAGCAAGUCUUGGAGCAAUGAGGAAUCUUACUUGCUCCUUUAUGGUCAUGGAUUUAGAUAUAGAAAAGAAAUACAAGGGAAAAAAUGCAUACGCAGAUGUUGCUUUUCAACUCUCACAUAGUCGAGGGAUGAGCAUUGGUGAACCCAAAAUUACCCUUUAAUCAUCUCGUGAGCAAAGAAAUACCGACACGCAUACAAGGUGCCACAUAGUUCUUCCCAUAUCAAUCUCCUCCAUUAAAUCAGUGAUAUUGGUGUUAUCCCUAGAUUUAGGAUUAAUUACAAGAUAGGAUUGUGCAG